AUGGCCGGAGAAGAUAUUUUUGAUGCUGUAGAAUACACAAUGAAUGACAUGGGUAUACUACUCAGAAGUUUGCGUAGUGUUGUUACUGAUGGAGCGCCAGCAAUGUUAUUGGAAGCACAAGGUUUUACUGGGCAAAUGAAAAUAAAAGUUCGCGACGCUGGGCUACCUCCGAUAUCAUCGGUACACUGCAUAUUACAUCAGGAACAACUAUGUGCAAAAACCUUCCAUAAUUUCAAAUCUGUUAUGGAUGUAGUAAUAACAUGUGUCAAUUUCUGCAGAAAGCAAGGUCUCAACCACGGCAGUUUGAAGUAUUUUUCAAAGACCUGGAAGCAAGUUACGGUGACAUACCCGUUUAUUGUGUUAUGCGCUGGUUAA